GAUAAAGAAAAAACAAACAAAUAAAAGUAAGAAAGUAUGUAGGUUAUAAUUUGAUUUCUAUACAUUAUCAAAUAUCAUUGAAAUAACUUCUAUGCUUUUUUUUGCACACAAACAUAUUUGCUUGUAUACUAUAUCUAUUGACACAAAUAAGGAAAUAAAUUAGAGAAUUCUGUAUCUUUCUUAAUAUCAUAGAAAUUCAGUCAGUCAUAAACGCGUUACGAGAGAUCAUAAAAUGUAUCGAUAGGAUUAUUACAUUACUUUCUUAUUACUAUGGGAACAUUGAAUUACUUUUUCUUCGCGAUUCUCUUUGGAUCGAUCGUUCAACGAGGAAUAUGUUCGAGCAUAAACUUGAAUGAUUAUUUGAAUGAAAAAUUAAGAGAGGUCAAAGUUAAUGUAGCUAAAAAUCAUAUCGAAGGGUCCCAAACAGUUUUUGUUAACAAUUACAAUGUGAGUUGGUUAAAAUCGUGGGAUAUGACAUGGGAUACGAAUCCACCAUUAAUAAUAAAUACAUUUAAUCAAAUAUUUUUCGCCUAUACUAAUGGAAGUAUGGACAUUUUUAUGGACGUUUCUACUUCGAGCAAGGCUUUCAAACUUAAAGAAAAAAGUUCUAUCGGCCAGGGUUAUUUUAUCAAGUUUGUUAAAACAAUUAAGUGGAAAGCGACUCUUUAUCUUUUUCUUUGUUACGACAUCAGUUGGUGCACUCUAUACACAGGAAAUAACAUUAGAAAUUUAAUUUAUAGACAACAUAUUAGAUAUUUAAAAUUAAUGGAUGCUCAUUUCUUUACCAAAGCUAAUCAGCUUUAUUUAAUAUUAGUCGAUGAUAUAAGCGUUGUUUAUCAUUGGGCUGGUACUUACAUGGAUAUCUACACUAACGUAAUAACCAAUUAUGCUCUAUCGGUCACUACGUUUAAAUAUAAACAAUCGAUCAUUAUAAUAUUUGUUCAAAAUUCUAUGUUCAAUUCAAUGGUCACUUCUACCGUUUACGAAUUCAAAGAAAAUGCUAUCGAUAUAAUACAAUUUUUGCCUACGAACAAACCGAUGUCUGUUCAUCAUUAUUCUUGCAAUAAUUAUCAUUUUGUUUUAAUAACCAAUAAAGUGCAAGUAAGCAGUGUAUAUUUCUGGGAUGGUACGGAAUUAUUAAAAUGGAUCGAUAUUCCUGAGAUUAAAACAUUUUAUUCAAUACAAACAGUAUAUUUAAAAGAUGGCACAUAUUUUAUUGUUGCUUAUAAUGACGUUGUGGAAUUAUUUAAAUUAUUAAAUACGGCCAAUUAUGUGUCUCUAAGUGUUCGAAAAUUAAAUAGUAAAAAGAACAUAGUGGAUAUGCAAGCAUUAGUUCGCGAUGAAACUAUAACUUUAAUAUUAACCACAUUAAGCUACGAAGGUUUUUAUUUCAUCGAGAUUUGGGAUUUAAAUGUUAAAAAUGAAACCUAUCAUGGAAAUAGACAAAGAGUCACAGAUACAACAUCUGAAUAUUUAUCAGAAAUCGUUGGACUAUUGCAAAAUAGAUUGUCGAUCAUUAAAAAAUUUGAAUCUUUCAUCCUGCACUCUAAAUAUUCGCCAAAGAAUAAUUCCAAUCUUUUGGAUACACUCGAAUAUCCAAGUGUCAUUUUAAAAUCGGGUGUAGUAGAAAAAAUCAAUUUAUUUGUCGAAGAGGAAGUAUUAACGCCAUCUGAAUUUCGAAAGAAUUUAGAUGAUCUUGAAUCAAAGAUCGAAAGUUUGUCAAAAAGAUCAUUAAAUAUUUUACGAUCAAACAUUAAGAAUAAUUUAUACGGUACGAUCAAUAUAACUGGUGAUGCAUUUUUCGAAGAAAUGGUGAUCGAUACGAUAUCCAUCGAUAAAUUAAAUAACGUUAGUUAUCGAUCUAACAAUUUCAUAUCUUUAAAAGAUGAUCAACAAUUUGAAUCGCCUCUAUAUGUUGAAAAUAUCACCGUUCAUGAUCUCAAAGUGAAUUCCCUUUGCGGAAUUCCACAUCAGUAUUGGGCAACGGUAGAAAACAAAGACGAAAAGAUAUUAGUAAGUAAGAAUGAUACCACUAGAAAAUUAUAUGAUAAUAGGAUAUUCGUUUAUUCGAAUAUUUCUAUACCUAAUUUGAAAGUAAAGAAGAUCAAUGAUAUUGAUAUGGAGCAAUUGACGGAUCAACUAUUCGUUAUAGGUGGCAAUCAAACGAUUACAGGCAACAUCACAUACGAACGUUUAGAGGUGAAAAAUCUUAAAACAAAGAUGUACAAUGGAGUACCAUCUACGUUGCUGAUGACAAAUGCGUUCGAUCAAAAUUUUCAGGAAUUAUUUAUAAAAACGCUCGAAGUUGAUUCGCUUCAUGUAGAAUACAUUAAUGAUAUUCCCAUAUCUGAAUUUGCUAUGAAAUCACGUGAAAAUGUUAUCAAUGGUGAAGUGAUAUUAGAUAAGAUGGAAGUAACAGAAAUGUUCAUUAUGGAUUCAGAUGCGAACAUGUCAAUUAUUUUGCCAUCUCAAAUCUAUGAUAACGUGAUAAUAUCUGGUGAUAUCGUAGUAAAGAGAUUUGAUUUUGAAGAAAAUGGAAAAUUAAUUAUGGAUAAUUUAGAAGUCAAACCAAGAGAGAUAUUCGAUAACAUGUGGACAAAAUCGACUAAUCAAACAAUCCGAAACGAUAUUUCACUCGAUUUCGGUGUAACUAUCGAUCGAUUGGAAACUAAAUAUUUAAAUGGUUUUACCGAGGAAGAAUUUUUAUAUACCACGGUCGAAAAGAUACCAUCUAUUUUCACAAAUCUUCAUUUUAAAAAUCUACAUAUCAACGAUGUCUAUCACGUGAACGAGAAAAAAUUAAAUAGCUUUGACGUUCAUCAAGAUCAUAUUAUAAUACGUGGUGAUUUACGUGUCGAAAAAUUAAAAUUACAUCAUUUGAUGAUCAAUAAUUAUAACGAUAUACCCGUCGACGUAAUUUUGAACAAUUCUGGAAAUCUGAAAUUAUUGGAGGACAUUAAUCUACCUGCAAUUUCAGUGGAACGUGCAAUUGUACGUGAAUUCAAUCUUGAUUUUCUCAAUGAUCGAGUAGUUUCUCCUUAUUUAAAAAUACCGAUAGAAGUAAACGAAACAGAAUCGAUCAGAACAGCGAAAUUUCGUGCUGAAGAAAUCACGAUUGAAAAUUUUAAUGGAAAAAAUAUCUCGUAUUUGAUCGAAUUGGAAAAUGCAACGAUCGCUGAUAUCAUAGAAGAAAUCAUUAUUGAUAAUGAUCUAGUAUUGAGUGAGGAAUUGGAAGUGAUUAGAAUUGCUAAUUAUUCGACUGAAAUGUAUUUGAAAAAAGUAGCAUCGCAAAAUAUAUCAUUGUCUACUGGAAUGAUGGAACAAUUAAUUGUGCAGAACAUAACGAUGGACUUUUUAGAGGGUUUCAGAGUUGAUACACUUCCUUCGGAUAUUUUUUCAAAGACAAGUUCGCAAAAGAUACCUAGUGGAUUUACGUUUUACACGAUUCGUGCAGAUAAUAUAGAUGCUAAUUAUGUUAAUGGAAUUAAUUCUUCGAAAUUGAUGUGGAUAGAUGAACCUCUUAUUUUUGAAGGAAAUGUAACAUUUAAUGAUCUCUUCGUUGAUAAUGAUAUUAGUGUAGGAAGCUUGAAUGGUUAUGACAUUCAACAGUUAUACCAAAGCCCCAUUUAUUUAAAUUCUACAAACAUAUAUAAUUUGAACGUGAAUGGACAUAUUUCAUGGGAAAAUUCUAAUCAUUCCACCGAAUCGUUAUCACAUUUAUUCGAGAAAGCACUUAGGAAAGAUAUACCGCAAGAAAUUGUGGGUAAUGUAACUUUCACAAACAAUUUGCGUACUUCGUUCUUCACAGGAGACAUUGAAGGUAUAGACGAUAUUAAAAAUAUCGUAGAAGAUACUGUAUUUAAAAAUUCGAAGGAAAUUGUUUUGAGCGGACAAAAAAUUUUCCAAAAUAAUUUAACGAUAAAUACUUUGAAGACACAAGACUUGAUCGAUAUAGUAAUGAUUAAUGGAAUAAAUAUUAUUGAAUUAAAUGCCUCGGUUGUUAAUAAAUAUGAAGAAGAUAUUAUAAUAGGACCGAUCUAUUUUUUAAACGAAGUCAAAAUCAAUAAUCUCGUUUUAAACGAUACUCUUCACGAUACAUCGAUUACCGAUUUGGUCUUUUCUGAUCAAACGUUACCAAAUAAUACAUAUAUUAAAAAUCUCGUUGUUAUGGGAGAUAUUUUUGUGGAGACAAUCGAUGACGUUGAUUUUAAUGAAUUCGUAAAGAAUCGUGUAACACUUAGCAAAGAUCAUGUUAUAUCUUCUGAUAUACAAUUUCAAGGUCGAGUUGAAGUAACAGGAAAUGCUAUGGUAAAGAAGAUCAAUGAUAUUGAUACAUCUGAUCUAGUUAUAAAUUCAUUACAAACAACCCAAAUUAUUUCUGGUAAAAAAACUUAUGUAAACGAUGUAAAAGUGAACGCUAAUGUCGAGGUUCCAUUGAUAAAUGGUAUUAAUGUAAACGAUGAAUUUUCUAACAGUGUCUUGAACGACGAAAACGUGAUAAUCACCGGAAAUCUCACGUUUCAAUCACAUUUGGAUAUACAAAAGAACAUAAUCGUUUCUGAUACAGUAAAUGGUGUAAAGAUAAAUGAUUUACUUGAUGAUUUGGAUCAUUUACAAAAUCAUAAUAUAUCUGCUUUGAAAAAAAAUAAAAUGUUUAUAGAAAAUGCUAUUUUACAAGAAACUUCUGUUAUAAAAUCUUUACCAAGUGUUUUUGCAUAUUUGGAAAAAGAAGAUCGUUUAAAGAUCGAAGUACCAAGCGUUAAAAAAAUCGAUGUAAUUAUGUUUGGCUCAAUUCUAAAAUUGAAUAUGUAUGGCGAACAAAAUGGUAGCUUUUGUGGAUUACCAGAGAAUUGUUCAUGUCGAUUGCAAUACGUUGCUGAAUUAACGAAAAAUGAUUGUCGUGUUUGGCAAUGGAACAAUAUUUCUAUUGUAAAACAUUUUCAUGAACCAAAUAAUCUUUUUGGUAUAGAUAUUAUGACGAGUAGUGUUUCCUACAAUGCUCAAUGCACUCGAAAUGAAACGGAUUUAGAAUUUACUAUGAUUUCAUGGAUGACCAAUGAAAAAUUUGGAACAGCCAAUCUUAUCAAGCAAAGAUAUUCGGAUAUUGAAAUCAAGGGUUUCCUUAAAGAUUCGAAAACUUUCACUCACGAUGAUCAAGUAUAUAUAACUUUGGCGAUAUAUUACGAUCCUACAACGAAGACACACGAUACUAAUUCAUUUAUUUACAAAUUAAAUUUAAAAAAUGAGAGUCUAACUUUGCAUCAAGAGAUUCGUACGAACGGUGCAUCGGCUCUUGAAGUUUUACAAAUAAAUAAUAACGUAUAUAUUGUUAUAGCUUGCGAUGGAAAUACGAAGAUGGGUUCAUUAAUUUAUAAAUUAGAUUCUAUUACUUCUAUGUUCGUUUUGUUAAGAAGAUUUCCAGGAAAAAGUAAUUGUGUAAAGAGUUUAUCGAACGAUGAUAAUUAUUUCAUUAUGAUUAAUGAUCUCGAUAUGAACGCUUUAAAUAUUUAUUAUUACGAUAAUAAAUUUGAUAAUUUUUAUCAUUAUCAAAGUUUCUUCUAUGAUUCGUCUAUCAAUGAGAUUCAGAGUUUCUAUAUUGGCGAGAUUGGAAAUAGUGAUAGUUAUGUUAUAAUAACUACAGAAGAUGGGCAAUUUUAUGUUUAUGAAUAUAUGUUUGUCGGGAAAUUCCAAAGAAAGAUUGUACAUAAAAUAGAUGGUUUACAAACAGUAAUUCCAUUCCAUUACGAUCAGUAUCAUUAUCUUCUUUUUGGAACAAAAACAAAUACUACGAUAAUGCGUAUUGUGCAACAGGGUUUACAUUGA